GAUCCACCGUUUGUGGUUAAAACACAAAAUGGUUGGACUGGAUACAGUGUGGAAGUGUUUGAGAAAAUUGCCCAGUCGCUUUCUUUGAGUUAUGAAUUCAUUGAGCAAGAAGAUGAUAUUUACGGAGUCAAACUGCAAAAUGGUCAAUGGAAUGGGAUGAUCGGACGAAUUGCGUCCAAGCAUGCAGAUGUCGGCCUGGGUCCAAUCAUUCAAGACGGGGAACGGAAAAUGGUUGUCGAUUUCACCAUUCCUUACUACGAUUCAGCCGGUUUGACAAUGUUGAUCAGUGACAAUGUCGAUCAAGCACUGGGACCGUUCUUUUUCUUGGAAGUGUUUACCACUCCCGUUUGGAUUUGCUGUGUUAGUUGUGUGGCUGUUGUCAGCGUACUAGUCUACAUCAUGGACAAGUUUUCACCGUACAGUUAUCAGAAUCAGGCUGUUCUGAAAGACGGUCCUUCGGAAGGCACUAUAUUUACCCUGAAAGAAUCUAUUUGGUACGUCCUGGGAGCAUGCACACAACAAGGCGAAAGCUUGGAUCCUCGUUCAAUAUCCACCCGAAUACUCAUCACUGGACAUUGGAUUUUUGUUGUCAUCAUGGUGUCCAUGUUUUCCGCAAACCUCUCUGCGAGACUCACGGUGUCCGGACUGAAGGAGGAGAUCAAAUCCCUAGAACAACUGGCUGUUCAAACAGAUGUCCGCUACCCGAUCACAGAACGAUAUGGAACGAUUUUUAAGCGCAUGUCUGAAUGGGGAUUCACCACAAGCACUACGGACUCACUGGAUCAUGUGAGAAAAGGUUCGGUCGUAUUUAUGGAAUCCCCGCUGGCCGCGUACUACAUUGCCAGUUCCUGUGAUCUGAAACAGUUAGGUGAGCGUAUUGGCAGCUGGCACUAUGGAAUCGCGCUUGCUCCGAAGUCGUUUCUGACACCUAGUUUCAAUGCCAUGAUACUUCGAAUGAAAGCCGAAAACGAGCUGGACAAAUUAGAGAAAAAGUGGUGGUCAACUAAUGUGACCACCUGUCCAGAAACAUCGACCACCAAUGGAUUCGGUAUCGAACAGGUGGGCGGCAUGUUCAUUCUGCUGACUUGUGGAUUCAUCACCGGGGGUAUUAUAUUGGCAAUUGAACUAAUUGUUUUUCAUGUCCUCGUUCGUCGUGCGGAGAAAAAGACACAGGAAGCCGAAGCACAGGAUGCAAGAAAUGAAACAAAACUAUCGCUUCCGAGUCCCUUGGUUACCGUACCGAAGAUUGAGACACAUUCUGUCCACUCAUCCACAACCACGCUGAGAUCGAACGACGAGGACGUGGAGAAAGCGGACAACGGGAACACAACGGCAACUGCACCUUCAAGGAAUGAGUUGCGCCCUCCAACCUACGAUGAGUACCCGAAUCCGAAUGUGACACCUUGA